UACUUGUGCUAUUAAAACCAGCUGUUACAGCCAGCGAUGUGACCGACCUUGGUAGGUUGCUCAUUCAUAGUGGACUAGACUAGUCCAGCUGUCUUCAAAUAGCAUGCACCUGAUCAGAGUUGGUGGAGUUACGGUUAACUCUGGUCCUUGAUCGGACUUGCCCAUGCAAGGAUAUGCCGUCACCACGCAGUGUUACAGCUGCCGAGCUCUACCUGAGCUCAAUCCUGCAAAGACUUCUGGAACAUCCCGGUGGAUGUCAAAAGAUGUGGAACGGCCGGGGCUAAUUCGUCCAUUGGCUGUCACAUGGCUGAUCCGUCUUUUUUUCCCUCCCUUUUUAGCUGAGCCAAUUUCUGUUGGACUUGUAGUUGGUGUGUGUUCUGCCUUCCUCAUGGCCGUUGUGCUUGUGGUGAUCAUCUUCUGUCGUAUCAAGAAGUCGAUUCGCAAAUUUCCAGCUAUCAGGCCCCCAUCACUGCUUCGGGCAGAGAAUGAUUACUUAUCAGAAAACAGAAACCAUAUCAUGGUCAGGGAACCGGAAGAGUUUGAUGACCUCAUCCCCUGUCAGCUGUUUGUCGAUCUUGGACCAAAGGAGAAGGACAUGGUUGACAUCGACAUCAUAACCGAUGGCUUUGACAUUGGUGACAAGCCACGGGGCACUGUUGACUUGCAAAAUGACGUCACCAACUUUGACGACCACCCAUUGCUGAGCUUCAAGGGUGACCCAAUGCUCAGUGAUGCACCCCUGGCUUCAGAGCCUCUCCUGCCCAGCCCCAGGCGAGAGGAGGACCCAUCGUCCGGGGAGGAGUAUAAUGGGGCUGGGCCAAGCAGCCCAGUCAGUGUGGGGAGCGGGGGAAGCUACCUGCACAUCCGGGAUGAUGAUGAACUGACCUACUCCUGCAUGACCAAAGACGGUCUGUCCCCAGUUCAAAAGGAGGACAUCGAAGGUCAGAGGGUCAGGGGUGAAAGUUCACAAGCAUCAGCCCCAAGACCCCAAGUGGAUGGACUGCCCCUACUGCUUUGGAGGCAAGAAAGCUCAAACCCCGACGAUGAUUAUCCAGGGGAUGGAGAUGCCAUUGAUUCAUAUUUGCAGAUGUCGAGAUCUGUACCUCCUUGUACAGGACCGAGACCUGUGAGGGAAGAUCCUGGAAGAGACAGAGCCUCCUCCCAGGGAGCAGAGCUCUCAAAGGCACCUUCAAAAGGUGCCAAGGGCAAGGAACGGGGAGACUCGGCAGGGGCCAGUUGUGUCAACGAUGGCACCGUAUUGGACUAUGUCCAGCAAGGGUUCGUUCCUGGGGCAGCAGCUUCUAGUGACAGAAUGUACAGCCCUUCUGAGAGUCCUGCCGAUGCCUACAGUCAGAUGGGACUGCGUGGAGGGGCCAGAGCCACUGCCGCACUGUGCGACAGCACGGGAAGCAGUAGUCAGGACUCAGCUGGCCCCUCUCAGAGUCAGGCCAGACAGGAGACAGGAGGGGCUGAGGCAACAAGAGGACAAGGGAGCAGGUCAGAGGAGGAUGUAAAUGGGGCAGGAAUUGAUUCUUAUGUCCACAGUGCCUUUGAUCGGCCACAUGUGAGGACAUCACAGGAACCUUCGCAAUGUACUGUGGACUCAUCAAAUCCCCCACGAGACAGAGCCUCAUUGGUGUCCCUUGGAGCCACAGCACCUUGUGCACCGCCAGUCUCUGAAACCACACCUACCAACAAGCCCCCAGGAGCCACAAAUAUUGCCAGGACUCAAAGUGCAGAUGCCCUCUCUGACGACAGUGAAGAAGGGGCACUGAACUAUGUGAGGGUCGGUUUAGACUCUGACGGUAUUGAUGUGGAAAGCAUGAAUGGAGUUGAGCCGGCCAAUGUGAAUGGAUAUGUCGUCCAGGGAAUGUUACCCAACAUGUCAGUUCCUCCGAUGGCUCGAAACGUUGCAGGUGAGGCAAUGCACAGUGCUGCACCUUCUGGCUAUGUCGAUCAAGCACAGCUAUCGAAUCUCUCCCCACCACCCUCUGCGCAGCCUGCUACACACAGCGACCACAUCCACAUGAACGGAACAGUGGGCGGCAGCAGUGGUGGUGGCUACAUAACAGCGGCACAAAUGAGCAACAUUGCGCCACUGGAUCCUGAAGUGGCCUUUGCAGAGGAAAGCCCCUCGAACAACAACAACAACAACCGUGGACAGGAGAAUGUUGUAGCUGAACCCUUAGUGCUACAGAAUGAAUCUAGGCUUGAAACUGACAACCUGGCGAAUGUGACACAGCAAGAAGCCACAGGGUUGCUUUCUGGGAAUCUGGGCGUUGUCCCCAGCACCGCCAUCACCGAUGAUGGGGUAGUGCCCAAUGGGCCAGUUGGUCCUGGUAGUUACGUGACCACUGACCAACUUACCAAUCUUCCCCUCCGAAGUCCACAACCAAACUGCCAUGCGAACAGAGAUGCUGGAAAAUAGUAUACAUGUACAAGUA